AUGACCUUGGGCGGCAAGUGCUUCACCAAGUCCUCCGCGCUGAUCCUGCACGAGAGGCUCCACGACGGCGAGCGGCCCCUCCGCUGCACCGAGUGCGGCAAGGCCUUCAGCCAGAAGGCGCAGCUCGUGGUCCAGAAGGGCUACCUCACCGUGCACCGGCGGACCCACACCGUAGAGAGACCCUUUGAGUGCACGGAAUGCAGCAAGACCUUCAGCCAGAAGGCGCACCUCUGCAUUCACCUGCAGGUCCACACGGCUGAGAAGCCCUACCGCUGCGGCGAUUGCGGGAGACGCUUCCGGAAGGUGUCCUUCCUGCUCCAGCAUCAGGCCAUCGACAGCGACGAGAGGCCCAUCCAGUGCGGCGUGUGCAGGGAGAAGCCCUACCAGUGCGGGCAGUGUGGGAAAGACUUCCCGCAGCAGCCCACGCUGACGGCGCACCGGAGGAUCCCCACCGGGGAGUGGCCCUAUGAGUGCAAGGUGUGCGGCAAGGCCUUCAGGCGCAUCAGGAACCUCACCUGCCACCAGAAGACCCAUGCUGCCGCGGGGGGGCCCGCCAGGGAGCCCAACCUUCUGCCUACCCUCCCAGAUAACCUGUCACAGGUCAGGCCUGAGAUGGCGGCCAAGUUUCAGCCUCCCGUCAUCACUUUAGAAUCAACUUAG